AUGAAAAUUAAUUACACGCAACUGUAUAUAAAGGCGCAUUAUUUCUUUUUUUUUGCAAGUACUGGCGUUACUUAUCCGUAUAUUCCAGUUUACGGAAAGCAACUAGGUAUUUCACCAUUAGUAUUGGGUAUCAUUUGCACGAUUUUUCCAAUAUUAUAUUUAAUAGCAAAAUUAGUGUUUGGCUUUCUAAUUGACUAUUUUGGAAACUGGAGAAAACUGAUCUUUAUAAUGUUGGUCAUAGUAACAAGUAGCUCUCUUCUUGUGAUAUUUUUUUUACCAUCAUUGCCGGGUCCAAUGUUGCUGGGUCAGCAUUUGCAAAAUAUUUCAUGUACAUCUCUAUCACAUUGCGAUAUGGAAUAUCAUGAAUCAGCAAUUGCAUCGUUUAACGGUACGAUAGACACUACGUGCCAUUGGGUAUGCAAAAAUAUGAAUUUUUCUGUGCGAUUGUCUUUUCAUAUAAAUCAAAACGAAGCAAUUAUCUCACCAGAUUCUACAUGUUUAUUAAACAUUAAUCAGACAUUAUUGUGUGAGAGAAGUAUAACAAAUAAUUAUGAUUGCAAUAUUACUUGUGAUAAUUUCGAAAACCAAUGUGUAUACACAUCUAUUACUUUCUGGAUUUUUAUCCUGUUGUGGUGUCUUGGCGAGAUUAGUUAUUAUACUUCUCUCGGUAUAAGCGAUGCUAUUUGUUUUGGUAUAUUAGGACAAACUAAACAGUUGAAAUACGGUAAGCAGCGAUUAUGGGCUGCAAUGGGUUAUGGUGUUGCUGCAUGUUUAUCUGGAUAUAUGGUAGACUUAUGGUCACAUGACCAUGAAAUUUAUAAAAAUUAUACAUCAAUGCUUAUUCCUGCAGUUAUAUUUAUUUGUAUUGAUUUAAUCUGCUGUAUAAAAUUGAAGAUGUCAUUUGAAUCAGGAUCUACAACUAUAGUAAAGGAUGUGAUUACGCUUUUGAAAUCAAAAUCUAUCAUUAUAUUUUUGUGUUUUGCUACAUUUUUUGGGAUCCUUGAUAGCAUCAAGCGUAACUUUUUAUUAUGGUAUGUAGAAGAUCUCGCUGUUACAACUAAUUAUAUGAGCAAAAUUAAAUUGAUAGAAGGUUUAAUCACAUUGGCAGAAAUUUUCGGUGGUGAAGUAGUAUUUCUUUUUUUUUCUGGCAAAAUAAUAGAAAAGCUAGGAUAUACUUAUACCUUGAUAUUUUGCUUUGUAUGCUACGCAUUUCGACUGGGAUUAAUAUCUUUAUCUUCAAUGCCAUGGUGGAUACUUCCGAUAGAAUUACUUUUACAUGGGCCAUCGUAUGCUCUCUGCAUAGCAACAAUAAUAGCGUAUGCAAACUCAAUAACACCUCCAGGUGCUUCAGCUACUAUUCAAGGACUUGUUCAAAGCGUGCACGAUGGUUUUGGGUACUUGAUUGAUAGUUUGGUAGUAGGUGUUUCGUAUGAAAAAUUUGGCGGUACAAUAACUAUGAGAAUAUUUUCAGUAUUUGCAGCAUUUUUUGCAAUGGCAUAUUUUCUUUUUCAUAUUCUGUAUUCAAAGCAUAAAACAUCAGAUUCUCGCAACAAUAUUAAAUGGAAAAAACCAGAUGAUGCACAGAAACAGUGUGUAAUAGCAGAAAUGUGA